CAACUGAUAUGAUUUUCAACAUCCGAAAACCUGAUAAAAUUCAGUAUUUAUUUAUUACAUGCUAAAUUUUACAUAUCAAGUAAAAUUAAAACAGAAAAUGUUACGGCUGUCUACAUUUCAACAAAAGUUUAUCACUUUUCUUUAUCUCCCAUCUACAACAAGGGCCACAUUUGAAAGUAACCAGUUCAGAAAUUUUUGGAGUGUGAAGAAGUCUGAGGAGGAGAAGUGCAGGGAGGAUGGUCUGCCAUCAAAGCCAGCAGCCGAUGAAGCCUUCAAGGUGCCAGAGUCCUGGAGUCAGCCUAAGAUAGUUGUAAUCGGGGCAGGAAUAGCAGGACUGUCGGCCGCACACAGACUGGUGCAGUGUGGACUAUGUGAUGUCACAAUCCUGGAGGCUACAGACAGACCAGGGGGUCGUAUCCAAUCUUGUUGGUUCACCAACAGCGUUGCAGAGCUGGGAGCCUCGUUGAUAGAAGGAGCCUGUGUCGCAAACUCAGUUUACAAUCUGGCUGUGAUGGAGAGGCUACUGCAAUCCCCAGUCACGCGGCAGGGACCGUCCAAGGGGCUCUUCUACUCUAGUCGAGGCAAGCCCAUAGAAACCUCAGUGGCUCACAAAGCUUAUGCUGUUUUCCGUCAGAUAGAGAGCAUGGCAAUAUCCCUAUAUGGCAAUGAGAUAUGCAGCGAAGACGCUAAUUUGGAUGUUUUUAUGAAUUCGCACAUUCGCCGAGAAUUGAUGCACUUCCCAGAAUCUGAAAGACAAGGUGCUCUUAUGGUUAUGAACAAUUACUUGGCCUCUAUCAAAGAAAGGAUGGGUGCGAGUUUGGAGUGUGUGAACACAAAAUAUUACGGUAGUCUUCCGUCAUUGCCUGGAGGCAAUGUGAAAAUUCCAGUUGGUUUUGUAGGAGUUCUAGCUCCCCUCAUCAGAGACAUACCGGACUGCACCAUCAAGUACUGCAAACCAGUGGAAUGUAUUCGAUGGGAUGCUUGCGAGGCGGACAGACCCAGGGCAUGUGUACAAUGCACGGAGGAUGAAUCAUAUGAUGCUGAUUAUGUGGUAAUUACAACUCCUUUGGGUUUCCUCAAAGACAAAGCGUCGUGCUUCUUUGUCCCAAAUUUACCUGCAAAGAAGAUGGAAGCAAUAAACAACUUGGGGUUUGGUCAUUCCAACAACCUCUUCCUUCAAUUCCCAGAACCGAUGUGGCUAAGGGAUGAAGGCAAUAUUAUGUUCGCCUGGCACCCCGAUGACUUCAGCAAGACCAAAAGUUGGGUAAAGGGCUUGACUUCACUUAAGAUAGACGACAAGAGUGGGCAAGUUCUUACAGGAGUUGUGUCAGGUAAAGAUGCCAUCACGAUGGAGACUCUUGAUGCAGACCAGAUCAUGACUGAUAUCCAGAAACAGAUGCAGACCUUCUUGGGUAACCCCACAAUACCGAAACCAUCGAUUAUCCUGCGCUCUAAGUGGUCUACGAACGUCUACUCCCAGGGAGCAUUCACAUACAUCAGCACCGAUUCUGGGCUGGGACACAUCAAGGAUCUUGCUGACCCUGUUCCUGAGCCUUGCCAGUCAGAGACUCCGGUGUUGCUAUUCGCUGGAGAACACACCAGCCACCGCAACUAUUCUACAACACACGGUGCCCGUGAUUCUGGCAUUAGAGAGGCAAACAGGAUCCUAAAUUACACCAAAGAACUGAGAGGGGCUCCUUCUAAGCAGAAAAAUUAAUCAGCUUGUUGUUUAGAAAUUUAUUUGUCUGUUCUCAUGCUGUCUAAUAUUAAAAUAUUUUAUUUUCGUCCUG